UGAGUUAGGCGGCGGUAAGGAGGUUAGGAGCGCAAUUCAUAGAACCCUCAGGAAACAACUCCAACUCUGCUCACAAGAAAACCGCAAAACCUCUGGACCGCCUCUUCACCGCCGCUUCUCACUCACCUCUUUCCAGCCUCCUCCCAAACUCCGGUAAAACUCGCAGAAACCACUCCAAACUCUGAUCGCAAGAUAACCCGCAAAACUCUGAACUGCCGCUCUGCACCACUGCUCCUCACUCUGCGCCGCCGCACCAUUGGACCUCUCUCCGUCCGCCUCCCAACCUCCGGUAAAACCCGGUUUCCCCACUGCUGCCAUAAAUUUCACGGCAUGAAGUUAAUACAGUGUGCACUGCCAGCAAAAAUAAGCAAACUGAAAAAGGCCAAAAAAGUAAGCCUUUCCUGAUUCAAUCGCUGGCAUUGUUGCAGCAGAACCAGUGUUCAGUUGAAAUCUUCAAUGCCUCUACCAUACCCUUACAAAUCAAUCAAUCUUCAAGGAUGAGUAUAUGAGUCUAGUAAAACAGAAACAUGCAUAGAAGCCAACAGUACCUGUUAGAACAAAAGCGCAAACGAACCAAUGAGCACGUGACCAAAAAAGAGAAGCACCGGAACUGGCUUUGUUACAUACAGAUUUCCUGCAAGGAAAUACAUAGCAUACAGGAAAAGUAUGGAUGAACACGAUGACUACGAGGACUCUGAUGAGGGACAGUGAACUCAAAACCUUGACUUAUGUGAUUAUUUUCCUGGAAGUCAGCAUGCGUUCAAUAUUCACUGGAUGUGAAGAUGUGCCUCCAUCCAUAUCACGCGUUGCUGAUUCCGUUGGCAUAGACAUGCCAACUUUUGAACUCUUAAAAUAUGAUCCCUAUGACUGGAUAAAAAGAAGUCAGGUUUUGUCAGCUUUUGCAAAUGCAUUCCAUGCCUUGCAGCCUCUUAAAAGUACCUGCUUUCAGGUAAGAAAUGUUUGAUAGUUUGGUUAUUUCGAAACCUUGGUUGUCUUUAUGCCACUUUGUUACUGCAGUCUUCGAUCUUGUGAGCAUCAGAUAUCAGAUAUAAGCUGCCAGUUCAACUUAAUACUGACCCAAUGCUAGCUGCUCAAGAACAUGAAGCAGCUAAUACGCAAGAGCUUGCCCCUUCUCCUGUGAGUGAGCAAACUAGCAGCCGGUGGAAGGCCCCGCUAACUACUCCAUACAAGCUAAACACAGACGCUGCUACAUCAGUGAGAAUGACAGGGUUGGGUAUGGUGUUCGGAGACAAUGUAGGUGACGUGCUAAUGGCUGCAGGCAUGAGGAUUGAUGCUGCUCUACCAGCUCUUCAAGCUGUAGCUGAAGCAAUACGGUUUGGCAUGAGUAUGCUUAUGAAGCAGGCUACCGCUCCCUGGAGGUUGAAACUGAUUGACUCGCUUGCGUUACUGAAGCUACUGCAGAGGGACAACAGUGAGAGAUCGUUUGUCCAAGUUCUUGUUGAUGAUAUUCUCUGCUAUGCUCAGAAGUUUAUGCGUUGUAGGUUUCUUUUUGCCAGUAGAAUUUGUAAUAAGGUUGUUGAUUCCAUGGCCAAAUCAGCUCUUUCUUUCGAAGAGAUUAAGAUUUGGAUGGAAGAAAGCCCCACUUUUGCUAACCUUGAUUAUGAUAGACAAGGAAGGAUUGACUGAUAUAUAUAUAUAA